AUGACGACUGCGUUGGUGUCGGAGGAGGCGGAGAUGGACUUAGAGUUGUCGUCUGGCGUCGGGGUGCCCAACUUUGAGUUCGCCUUCAAUUCGGCGGUCUUCUCCAACAUGGUGAUGAAAAUAGAGGUCGUCACCGGCGGCGAUGUCAGCGGAGGAUCUCUCAUAUGCAAUGGCAAUAAGAAAGCUGAUAAUGGAGAGAUAGACUGUUUCUCAACCAUGGCAAGUACACCAAUUUUAACAGUAAAGACCCUUCAUAUCAAUUCAGCGAUUCUUGCUGCAAGAAGUCGUUUCUUUCUAAAGCUUUUCUCAAAUGGCAUGAAUGAAUCUGAUCAGACGCAUCCAAGAAUCAGGAUUGCUGAUUCAGAGGAAAAUGCCUUUAUGGAGCUUUUAAGCUUCAUGUACAGUGGAAAGUUGACAACAAUUGAGCCCACUCUUCUGCUUGACAUCUUAAUGGCUUCCGACAAAUUUGAGGUUCUUUCUUGCAUGAGGUACUGCAGUCAGUUGCUCAGAAGCCUGCCUAUGACCACAGAAUCUGCACUGCUAUACCUAGACCAUCCAUGCUCCCUUUCAAUGGCUGUUGAAGUUCAGGGUGUGGUAGGUGCAGCCAGGGAAUUCCUUGCUGAGAAAUACAAGAUUUUAGACAAGUUUGAAGAAUUGAUGAACAUCUCUCUUUCUGGAAUCGAGGUGAUCUUUUCAAGCACUGACAUACAAGUAGCAUCUGAAGAUGCGGUAUAUAACUUCUUGCUCGAGUGGGCCCGUGCGCGAUACCUGGAACCGGAGGAAAGACGUGAGAUCUUGAGCAGCCGUUUGCUUCCGCUGGUAAGCUUCAGUCAUAUGACAUGUGCGGCACUUCAGGAGAUCCUAGCAUCCACUGAUGAUGACAUAGACCGUGAGCAAGUAACCAAGCGCAUCAAUGAGGUCCUUCUUCACAAAGCUUACCCAACCCAGAUGGAAGGUGCUCUUGCAGCAGAUGCAUCAACUCUCAAUUGGCAGUCUGCUGAGCGAACUUACGGGUCCAAACAUGUGAAAGCGGUUGCAUUUGAUCGACCUUACCCACAGGUUAUAGUUUACAUGGAUCUAAAGCGCGACGAGUGCUCCCAAUUCUUCCCAUCAGGAGUUAUAUUGUCAGACUGGUUCCAUCUCGCAGGUCAGAAAUUCUAUCUCAUGGCAAACUGUGUACUGGAUGAGCAGACAGAGUUGUACAGCUUUGGCCUCUGGUUAGGGAUAUAUGGAAAUUCUAUUUCAGGCUCGCUGUGUUUCGAUAUUGAGUUUGCUGCAAGGACAAGAUCGUCAGGAAAAUUCUUGAGCAAGUACGGCGGUAGGCACACAUUCAGCGGGCCUUUGCUGGAGGGAUGCGAUGAUCUUUUUGGAGUUCCAUGGUCGACGUUCAUUGCGGACGACAGCCUCUUCAUCGACGGCGUGCUGCAUCUGAGAGUUGAUCUGACUGCGGUGGAGUAG